UGUUUUAUAGAAGUUCCUCAUCAAUCCAAUAAUGUUUAAACCUCGCAUUUCUUCCCAGCUGAUUACAUAUAUAAUCUAGACUUGGAAACCAUCUGCUCUCAAGUGGCAUCAGCUAGCCCAGUCCGAAACUUCCAGCAAUGUCCGCUUCGGCCUUCCUGUCCAACCAGGCUCUGAAACCGCGUAAAAGGCAGACUCACAAUCAGCACCGCCAGGGUGUAUCGACGAGCUCCUCUAGAGAUGCCAGUGAUGAGGAGGACGACUCACCCACCGACGACAACUCGUCUACCGUCGGUUCGGUCAAGCCUUCCGCUCGCCCUGCCAUCCCGCCUUCGCCCUUGAAGUCUGCCACCGGCAGAAAACCAUCUGGUACACCUGUCGUUCACCCUAGAUUGGCUGAGGUUAGCGACGCCGAGUUCUCGGAAGCUCUAGACUCGCCCACAUACGACGGGGAUGUGGAGUCGACGCAUCUGCCUUCAUCGUUGGCGCAGGCCACAUUACAGGCUCAACAGCACGGACGCGCACAACCCCCCGUCGCACCUCCCUUGAGCACUUCGUCUACCGACGCUUCAUUACCAGACGAAGAGAAGGUCAGGCGAGAACCUACGCCUCAAGCUCGGCAGCCCGAGAUCGGAGACACAUCGCCUCGAGACGCUAUCAGCCACCCUCUACCGAUCUCUCACCUCGCUCCACCCGAGAGCGUCGCAUCUCACUCUCUGAAGCCAAAAUCGUCGGAUCACGGACCUGCCAAGAUGACCAGCCCGCCCGAACACCUUUCUGUCGAGGAUAUCAGGUCGUUCGUCCGAAGAGCCAUCGAGGGCAAGGGAGACGUUGAUGGAGUCAUCAGGACUUGGAGGACGAGCGAACCCGCUACCGACCGACCUGUGCGAAUCUAUGCCGAUGGAGUUUACGACCUUUUCCACUUUGGUCACGCUCUUCAACUUAGGCAGGCGAAACUUUCGUUCCCCAACGUCCACUUGGUCGUCGGGGUCUGCUCGGAUCAAUUGUGUGCGGAUCAAAAGUCUGGACCUGCCAUGACGCAUGCCGAGAGAUGCGAAGCCGUCUCGCAUUGCCGAUGGGUGGAUGAAGUCGCUCCCGAGGCACCUUGGGAGGUCGAUCAAGCAUGGAUAGACCGUUACAACAUUGAUUAUGUUGCGCACGAUGAGCUCGUCUACGCUGCCAAGGGUAAAGUGGACGUAUAUGAUUUCGUAAAGAAGCAGGGUAAAUUCCUUCCUACUCGACGAACCCCUUCGAUCUCGACGUCUGACCUACUGGAACGCAUCGUUCGAGGGUAUCGCGACGGUUUCUUCGACUCCAAGCUCGAGAAAAACGGUCAUCCAGAGUUGAUGGCUUCCGAUGUCGACUGGGACUCGAGUGCCAGCAACGAAAGGAAAGCUCGUCGAAAGGUCGCCGGACACAAGCAUUCCUAG